AUGAGUGUGGUUCGUUGUAUCACAAAGCUUCCAGUUUGCCGAAUUGAAGGAACGGUCGUUCAUGGCUUUAAAAGAGGAAGUACUUUGCUCGAUUGCCCGACUGCCAAUAUUUGCACAGACCAUAUCCAAGACGCCAUUAAGGACUUUAAGAAGGGCGUAUACUACGGCUGGGCGAGUUUGCAUGGAACUGUUUACAAGAUGGUGGCCAACAUCGGUAAGAAUCCAAGUUUUGGAAACGAACAUGUUUCCGUAGAAGUCCACCUUCUUCAUGAGUUUUCUCAGGACUUUUACGAUGAAAACCUUAAGGUCGUUAUUUUGGGUAGCAUACGAACAGAGAGCAAGUUUUCUUCUCUGGACGAAUUGAAGACUGCUAUCCAUGAAGACUGUGGUAUCGCAGACAAGCUUUUAGAUGAUCAGGAGUAUUCCUCGUUCAAAUCUGAUUCAUUUUUGUUGGGUUAA